CCGGGUUUGAAAAUGAAGUAAACAAAUGUGAGAAAAGCAAUAAGAAAAAACGCCUCUUUUUUUAUUUUUUUAUUUUUUAAAGUUCAUGCUUGAAGGGGAUAAUUUUUAUCCGAGUCACGGCAUAAAAAAAUGAAAAACCUAAAGGGAUUGAGCCCAUUGUAAAGCAAUUAAUUUUUGUGAAAGGGGGUGGGGGGAGAACUAUGAUCAUAAACAAAAGCAAACAAGUCCUUUUGACAUUUCUUAAAGCAGAAGGGAAAAAAAGUCUGAUGAUGACAAAUAUCUAAAAGAGGCAUUUUCAGAGAUAACGCUCUUUCUUUUUUUUGUUUUGCCCACGAUGCCAAAUCGUCAUCUGAAAAGGCUUCCGUUAGAGGCUGUUUCUGGAGCCUUUAUCAGAAAUGCUUAUGAACUUUUAGCAACAAAAAGACUGAAUAGGACUGCUUAUAGAAUUAAAAACAGUCUUCUUUCUUGUCUUUGUUCUCUUUUUAAAAAAAUGCGUGAACUUUUGGACAACGAAACGCGUCAAGACAUACACGAAUACUUUCCCACGUUAGCAGAAAAGAGUACACAACUAUUCCAAUUGGCUCAAACGGUGCCUUUACCACGCUUACCAGACAUCGACCUUCAAACAGACAGACUCGACUCUCUUCAAUGGAACCAAAAAUGGAGAGUCUCUCUCAAGACACUGCAAAAAUUGGACACACUCGAAUGCACCCUACAGCAACCUCUCCAACACAGGAUGAAGCUACCAGCUCAUCUGUAUUUAGAACCACCUGUAUUUUUAGACGACCAUUUACCCUCAAGACCUGACCCAUGGGACUGGAAAGAAAAAUCAAAACAUUUUCCUCUGCUUGCAGAGAAAAAUGAGAAUCACGCUUGUUGGAUAGAGGAAGAAGAAGAAGAAGAAGAAGAAGAAGAAGAAGAAGAGAGCAAAGGGAAGGGAGCUGAAAAAUUCAAGUAUAAAAUAGAGGUGAUUCAAACAUUGGCAAGUGUCAAACGACUCUCACAGAGUCAAAGAAUCAGCUUGCGUUCUUUGGACGAUUUAAAGAGUCGUUUUCUACCGGAUGCUUACGGCAUGGAGGUCCCUGUGCGCGCCCACGAGACACAAGCCGCUCCUCCCAAAGAAAAACGGCAAAUAGCCACAGCAACGACAUUACAUAGCAGAAAUAUGGAACCUACUCCAUUCUUACCGCAUAGACAACUGGAAGAGUUUCAAAGUUUACAGCAAAAGACAAACAGCCAUCUUAUUAAAAAAAAGCGAAUCUAUAAUAGCAGCAGCGGAGCAAAGAGAGAGUGCGAACUAGACGAAAGUAGACGGUUCAAGUUUGAUUAA